CUUGUGGUUCAACGUGAGCACGGCAGCCGAGAGGACAGGCAGCUCUCGCGAUACUUGUUCCCUCCAGGAUUUCCAGUCAAAACGAACCUGACAGCGGUCGGAAAAGUUGCUUUUGAUCCCAGAAACCUGCUUUUUGUGCUGUGAUGAAGAUCAGACCCUGAUGAUGAAGAUGGAGAAGGGGAGAGCAGACAGUUGAUGUGUUCUGAGGAGGAGGAAGACGAUGAGGAUGAACCACAGCCAGCUGUUGUUUCUGUCCAGAGAAGAAACAUCUGGAAACUUCCAGAAAGAAGGGACACUGCGAGUCGGACGGCAGGAGAGAGCGCUCACUGACAGGUUUUGUCGGCUGAGAGGAAACCUACUGUUCGUCCUGAAGACACAGGGCGGUAAGCUAGAGGAGGUGCUGCUGUUGGAGAGAUGUGAGGUCAUGAAGCUUCCAGACCAUGACAGACGACUGGCCGUCAGCUUUGAGAGUGGCGACCGUCCCGUGUUCCUAGAGUCCAGUAGCACCGCAGAGUGCGCGUCGUGGCUCGUCCUCCUGAGAGACGCCAACACUGAGACGCUGAGGCGACGCAUCGCACAGCUCUGCACGCUCAUCAGCACGCACACCGCCACCACUCUGCACACGCAAGAACACAGUGCACACUUCACCGGGGGCGGCGAUGCUGGAGGUGCAGGUGGAGUGGAAGCUGCUGCUAAAGUGUCUCCGCUGCACCUGACUGUAGAGUGUCGAAUUGUGGUUUCCGUGGCAGCCAGAGUCCAGCUACAAGUUUGUGUGAUCGACACUCACACUCACACAGUCAGGAAGCACUGCUGCUGUCAGAUAGUGGAGGGACUGGAUGACAGUGUGUUUCUAACAUCAGUGUGUUUCUGUGGUGACUACCCACUCUACCAUCACAGCAGGAUCAAACUCACCGUUUCCCAUGCAGAGGAGCCGACAGCACAUGCCACUAGGAGCUUUCUGGGUUUCACCUCCUUCUCCAUCAGAGACCUGCUCAAGUCCAAGGAGCCUCACGUCUCCCUGAGCCUCAGGACAAUGGAUGGUGUGAACGAGGUCGGGGAGGUGAAGGUGUCCCGGCUGCAGAUGGAGGGAGAGAGUGAGGAUAAAACCCCUCCUGAACACAAGUGUCCUGCGCUGUGUGACAGCCUUCAUAGCUCCGUGCACGAGAAAGAAAACAGUCCAAUGAUGAGAGCUGUGCUGUGUGCUCAGGUGUGUAAGGUGUACAGGUUUCAGACGGAGGAUCAAAGAUGGCUGCUGGUCAGGGAACAGAUGUCAGAGACGCCGCUUUCUUUCUCUUUACCCAAACAGCUACUGAGCAUGCUCAUAAACGAGCACACAAGCAGGGUCCAGGAAGUGAAGGAGCUCGGCGACCUUUCACCCCACUGGGAUGGGGUCCGCCAUGAUGUCAUCAACCACUGUAACCACCUGAUUGGCUGUUAUCAGGAGACGCUUACCGAGCUCGACAAACUCUCAGCCUCGUCCUGUUUCAAGUCGAGCAGCAGCAAGUCAGAGAAACACCUUCGGUUUAUUCCAACCAACCUGCACUCACAGAGGAUGGAGGUCACCAGUCCCGACAGCACAGGUGUGUGGUAUGAGUUUAUAACAUUUGGUGCACCAGCUGAUCACCACCAGGCCUUCAAACAUGGAGGACUGAAGAGACUGCUGAGCAAACGCACAAACCACAGUGGCAGCUCUGUCUCUUACUCCCAGGAUGAAAGCUGCAGAGCCAGGGAGCUGCUGGCCAGCGUGGCCCAGCUGCAGCCUCUGGUCUUCGGGCUCGCUGAGGAGCUGCUGUCCGUCUCUCUGGAGCUGAACGCCGCCCGGCUGCAGCAGGUCCUGGACAGUCUGACUCAGCAGACAGACCUGUUUGUUCACGCGCUGAAAGACGAGCUGGUGAAAAGCGCCCUGCUGGCGAUCCACACCCAGCGCUCAACCGACUGCACCAGCAGUCACGUCCACAGCAACGGGUUGCUCUGUGACAAAACGCCAGCCAAUCAGGAGGGACAGACCUCGCUACGUGGUGCGGAGUACGACGAGGAGGAAUGGGACAGGGCGUGGGCGAACGUUGCCAUGAUCCUCAGCUGCAUCAUCGCAAUGGGCGACCGGCUGCAGGGGCGGGAGGACCGCCCUCAGGAGGUGACAUCAUCAGAGCAGCAGGACGCCACAGGUGACACAAACUGUCAGAACACAGCUUCUUCCUCCUCCUCCUCCUCCUCCUCUGCGUCGUCCUGGCAGGAGCAGCUGCUCCCCCUGGUGGUCACUCUCAGGGAUUGUGUGCGUGAGGCGGUGGGGAAGGCUCGAGACGCCAUGACCUUCGUGGUCCUGCAGGGGGCGGUGGCCAGGACUGUCGCUCAGGGAUCUUCACAGCUCGUCCAGAGACGCCACGCUGUCUUCAGCCAGGCGCUCUCAGCAGUGGUGUGUGGUUUCAUGUUGAAGCUGUACGGAGGUCUUGAAGACCCUGAGUUCCUGCAUCAACUUCACUCUGUCGGUGUCCUGGCUCAGUUUGAAGGGCUGCUCAGCACCUACGGUGAUGAGGUGGGGAUGCUGGAGGACAUGGAGGUGGGUGUGGCAGACCUGAGUGGAGUUACGUUCACCAUCACUGAGGCUAAAACAGAACAACCGGACGACCUGCUGCCGACGCUCAGCGGAGGAUGGGGCAGUUUGGUCGUCGAGGUCCCGUUGCCUCCGGAGACAUUUGGGUCGUUGCCACGGGAGCUGAAAGAGGGGCGUUUGAUACGACUUCAUCCAGUUCUCUUUAACAUUGGAAUCAACCAGCAGCAGAGUCUGGCUGAGCGGUUUGGUGACAGCUCGCUGCAGGAGAGAGUGAACCAGCAGAGCUGUGAGCGUCUCAAAACUUACUGUAACACGCUGAGAGACCGACAGCCCGACACGGCUGGUCUCCAGUCCCUGCCAGACCUGCUGUCCUCUCUGGAUCACAGUGUGGAAACCAGGAAGAGGAAGAACGUGGAGGUCCUGUGGAUCGCUGCUGCGGUGUGUCGAACGGUGAACGGCGUGCGUCUGACGAGCUGUAAGAGCGCGAAGGACCGCACGGCGAUGUCGGUGACGCUGGAGCAGUGUGCGCUACUGAGAGAGCGACACACACUCAGCCAGCAGCACUUCAGCACCGCACUCGACUGCAUGAGGAGAGAUGGUUGCAGGAUGGAGAACGUGCAGAAGAAUGUGGGCUGCAGGAAGUUCGCCUUCAGCGGCGUCCAGCUCCUCACCUUCCCCAAACUGUACAGACCUCCAGACGGCAGCUAUGGAUAAACACAUUGACAUUUUUAUUAUUUCUGUACAAAUGUUUUUAAUCAUUAAGAUGGUUUGUUUUAUCAUGUAAAGUGCGUGUUGUGUUGUAUAUUUAUGUAAAUUGUAUUUUUAUGUUGAUAUUGACCCUCUGUGCUGUUCACUGUGGCUGCAGGUGUUUGAUUUACAAACAUAUUUCUGCAAUAAAUGAAUACUUCAUUUA